AUGGAUAAGUUUAUCUUCCCUGCUAAUUUUGUGGUGCUUGACAUGGAAGAUGAUGAUGAUGUCUCCAUCAUCCUAGGCAAACUCUUCUUGGCCAUUGUAAGGGCUAUCAUAGACGUUCAAGAAGGAAUGUCCACUUUGAGAUCCACAAAAGGAAAAGCACUUGCCAUUCGUUGGUUAUUAGGGGCAUCUCGAAAACGUCCUGGUCGAGAUAUGACUUUCAAAUUAAGUUCCGAAUUAUUGGAUCUUGUCAAAGGGAGUGGCAAUGCCAUACGCGAAAAGGAAAAGACUCAUAGAAUAGCAGAGGCAAAUAGAGCUUUUGCACAUUUUCGUUAA